AAUAUUACUUCCGGUUAAGAAAACUACGCUAUUCGCCGGUGUUCAACAUGUCAGGGACAGUUUUAACGUCCUUAAAAAGAAAAUAUUCACAUGCAGUUGGACUAAGUUCUUACAGAGACCAACAUUUUAAGGGAAACAGAACAGACCAAGAACGCCUCUUAUUGUUGAGCACAACAUUAUAUGUUGGUAACCUGUCUUUUUAUACAACGGAAGAACAGAUCCAUGAACUCUUCUCAAAAUGUGGAGACAUCAAAAGAAUUAUCAUGGGGCUUGAUAAAGUCAGAAAGACACCAUGUGGAUUUUGUUUUGUAGAAUAUUAUACCAGGGAAGAUUCAGAGAAUGCCAUCAAAUAUAUAAAUGGAACACGAUUAGAUGACAGAAUUGUGAGAACAGAUUGGGAUGCAGGAUUUAAAGAAGGCAGGCAGUAUGGACGUGGUAAAAGUGGUGGACAGGUUCGAGAUGAAUACAGGACAGAUUUUGAUGAAGGUCGGGGUGGUUAUGGACAGAUAAUACAGACAAAAAUAAGAACCAAGGAUUCAGUGUAGAUGGCAGAUUUAAGUUCUCUAGUUAUUGCCAUACACAUGUACAGCUAGAAAUUCUAGCUUAAGUUUAAGCCUUGUUGCUUAUUUUUGUUGACAAACAUUAGAAACAGCAUUGAAAUGACUCUGUUGUCUUCAGUCAACAUGUUGAAUGUAGAGAGGUCAUUUCCACUCAACACGUUACAAAUUGGUGUAUAUAAAUAAAUGUAUGUUAGAUUUACCAUUGAAACAUGGUUUAAAAGUACAUCAUCAGGAACCUCUUCAGUAAUUGUCUUAUAUCAUUUCCUAAUGCUUUUUGUUAUUUAGAGGAUUAGGUGUUGAUGGGAGAUCUUUGUUCAUUUUUUUUAAACCUUGAAGGAUUGAGAGAUUGGACAUUUUUGUGUAGACCUUUGAUUAUGGUUGGAAUCUAUUUGUUGUUCCCUACAAAAUGUUUGGUUGUUUGUGUUGUUGGUUUGCUGUCUCAUUGACAUAGAGCCCUCUUCUCCAUUAACUCAAGGUUGAGCUACAUAAGGCCCACUACACAAUUCAGUUAGGCAUUCCAAAAAAAUAUAACAUACUUAAAGUGAAUAAUUAUCAAAAACAAUUUUGUUAACUGAAAAUAUUCAGCAAUGGUUAAAUCUGCAUUCCAUAUUUAACCAAGUACAAAUGGAUUUUUUUUAAUCUUUGUGAAAAGUGUGUAAAAGGUGGUAUCCCACAUUGGUAUUAUAUUAGUAGGGUUUUCUAUACGUAUUGGAUUUUGAAUAAAACAGCUUAGCAUAUUCACUGUGCUAAACAUCACAUGCUUUUGACUGUGUAAUAACGGUAAAUUGUUUGACUUACAAUUGGUUUCAGUAAAUGAUAGUCAUUAAAUACAUUUCUCUUUCUCAGAAUAUGGAAUAAAACAAUUGUCUUUUGUUUCGAUAAAUAUGUGGUUUAAUUGACUUUUGAAUAACUCAGUGAUAAUCACUUUGGCCGAUGGCAUCAGUGAAUAUCAGUUUUUCAAAAGUCUAUAAAACCACAUAUUUACCUCAUCAAAAGACAGUAAUUGUAUAUUAUUACUUCUUUUCAUUUUAAACCAUUUGUUAAUUUUUAGUUGGGAGUAUUAUUUUGUUUUUAAAUUAAAGGUUUGAAUUAGAAUCAAGAUGUCUGUACUUGUAUUUAUCUCUCUGUUGAAAUAAGCAUUAUCUAACUAUGUCUAGAUUAGAACUGUGACUCAUUUCACAAAAAAACUUACAAUAAGAAUUGAUCAUAAGUUAUACUGAAAUGUUCAUGACUUAAGAGUACUUACUCGUAAGAUUUAAUGUAAAAAAUCCCCAGAUUAUGAUUUCUGUCAAAAUGUUCUAAAAAAAAUUCCACAAUUUCUUUUUUUAAGAUUAAAAUCACAUCAUAAUGUUCAAAAUAAAUUGAACAAUAUUUUAUGUUAAACAUCUUAUCAUCUGUAUAUAUAUACAUUUUAUCUUCACUUUUCAUACAUAAUCAUACAACUUGUGACACCUGGGAAGAAUUCUGCCAAUCCCAAAGUUAUUUGAAGAAAUGAAUGUGAUGUUAAUGAGUUAAAUAUUUUAAACAAUGUAAAAGUAUAGAAAAUUUAUUGUAUUUUCAUUCAUUUUUCACCACGCUCAGCUAUGUGAAAGUGGCAACAUUAAAGUAGCAUAAUGUUGAAAAGGUUUGACAUGACAAAGACUAAUUUAAUCAAAUUUCAACAGAAAAUUUUGAAAGGAACAGGGGGAACAUGAUUUCCAUUAGCUUUAAGACCACAAAGAAAAUAACACACGAAAGGGGAUUCGUUACAUUAAAUCCACCCCAAAUUAUUAACCUUUGACUUAAAUUUACUUCAUUCACUCAUGGUUAGCAUGUCAAACAUAAAAACAUCACAAUGAGCAAGAAUAGUGCUAGAUAACAAUACAAUAGAUUUGUUAUCUGAAUUUCUAAUAAUGAUAUAAUCAAAUAUUUCCCACUUGAACAAAUAUGGAGAUUUUUAGCUUUGUAUGCUGUGCUAACUUGCUAUUAAAACUCAUAUUUUAGCUUUAUGUUGAUAUUUGACAAUAUUCACAAGUAGAAAAUCAGAUAAUAUAUACUUAUUUGAACAUAAAUUUGUCUGAAUUAUAUUUUAUGAAUAAAAGUACAAGUUAACUGUAAA